AUGGCUGACCAGAGCAUGGAUCAACUGCCCUAUGAUUCCCAGAUCAGUGAGAAUUUCCAAGUGAAAGCUUCUCUCAAACAUAAGGAUCAACACACAGAUACACAACACCGACACAAAAAGCUCAAGAACGAGGGAAAAGACCAGGAAAAUUCCAAGCAUGGUCAUUGUGAGCACAAAGAUUUCUCUGAGAAGAAACAGAGAGAAAAGGAGAAAACCAAACAUAAAGAUGCCAGCUCAGAGACCUGCAAAGACAAACACAAAAAUAGAGACAAGGAGAAACAAAAGGAAGAAAAGGGAAGACCAUCUGGAGAUACAAAAAUAAAGGAGAAAGAAAAUGGUUCCUCUCAUGAACCUCAUAUUAAAGAUGCCCCAUAUGAUGAAGUCAAUUUUGCUACAUCUAUAGAAGAUAUCAAGGCUUCAAAGAGACCUCGAGAGGAUGACAGUGCUGAUUUUAAACCAAAAAAAAUAAAAACUGAAGAUAUCAAAAAGGUGAAGAAGUGGAAACCAAAGGAAGGGGAGGACAAGAAAGCAAAGAAAAUGAAGGACAAAGAUGAGAAACUCCCUAAACCAGAUAAAGAGUUGAAGCAGCCAAUGAAAGAAGAGGAUCAAAAAUGGAAGUGGUGGGAGGAAGAGCGUCACCCCGAAGGCAUCAAGUGGAAAUUCCUGGAACAUAAAGGUCCAUUAUUGGCUCCACCUUAUGAGCCUUUGCCAGAAAAUGUCAACCUCUACUAUGAUGGGAAAAUCAUGAAGCUGAGUCCCAAAGCAGAAGAAGUGGCUACAUUCUUUGCCAAAAUGCUUGACCAUGAAUACACCACUAAGGAUAUCUUUAGGGAAAAUUUCUUCAAGGACUGGAGAAGGGAAAUGACAAAUGAAGAGAAAAAUAAUAUCACCAGUCUCAGCAAGUGUGACUUCAAUCAGAUAAGCCAGUAUUUCAAAGCCCAAGCAGAAGCAAGGAAGCAAAUGAGCAAGGAAGAGAAACAGAAAAUCAAUGAGGAAAAUGAAAGGCUUUUGCAAGAGUAUGGCUUCUGUGUGAUGGACAAUCACAGAGAGAGAAUUGCUAACUUCAAGAUUGAGCCUCCAGGACUUUUCAGGGGCCGUGGCAACCAUCCCAAGAUGGGAAUGUUGAAGAGGCGAAUUUUGCCGGAAGAUAUAAUAAUCAACUGUAGCAAAGAUGCUAAAGUUCCUUUUCCUCCCCCUGGACACAAGUGGAAAGAAGUUCGACAUGAUAACAAGGUUACCUGGCUGGUGUCCUGGACUGAGAAUAUCCAAGGAUCCAUCAAGUACAUUAUGCUGAACCCUAACUCACGUAUCAAGGGGGAAAAGGAUUGGCAGAAGUAUGAGACAGCCCGAAGAUUGAAGAAGUGUGUAGACAAUAUCCGGAACCAAUACCGAGAAGACUGGAUGGCCAAGGAAAUGAAAGUCCGGCAGAGGGCUGUAGCAUUAUACUUCAUUGACAGACUUGCUCUGAGAGCUGGUAAUGAGAAGGAAGAAGGGGAGACAGCUGAUACUGUGGGCUGCUGCUCCCUUCGAGUAGAGCACAUUACUUUACAUCAAGAGAUGGAUGGCCAAGAAUACAUAGUUGUGUUUGAUUUCUUAGGGAAGGAUUCCAUAAGAUACUAUAACAAGGUCCCUGUUGAGAAGAGGGUUUUUAAGAACCUUCGGCUAUUUAUGGAGAACAAGCAGCCUGAGGAUGAUCUUUUUGACAGACUCAAUACCAGCAUCCUCAAUAAAUACCUUCAAGAUCUCAUGGAUGGCUUGACUGCCAAGGUCUUCCGUACAUUCAAUGCCUCCAUCACACUACAGCAGCAGCUAAAGGAACUUACUGACCCAGAUGAAAACAUCCCAGCUAAGAUACUUUCUUAUAAUUGUGCUAACAGAGCUGUUGCAAUUCUAUGUAACCAUCAGAGGACACCUCCAAAGACUUUUGAGAAGUCCAUGCAGAACUUGCAGACUAAGAUCGAUACCAAGAAGGACCAGCUGGCUGAGGCCCAAAGAGAUCUGAAAAGUGCCCAAGCCCAGGCCAAAAUCCAAAAGGAUACCAAGUCUAAUAAGUUGGUAGAGACUAAGAAGAAGUCUAUUCAGAGGCUGGAGGAGCAAUUGAUGAAACUGGAGGUCCAGGCCACUGACAGAGAGGAGAACAAACAGAUUGCCUUGGGAACUUCCAAACUCAACUAUUUAGAUCCUAGGAUCUCAGUUGCUUGGUGUAAGAAGUGGGGUAUCCCAAUUGAGAAAAUCUACAACAAAACCCAGCGAGACAAGUUUGCCUGGGCCAUUGACAUGGCUGACAAAGACUAUGAAUUUUAG